CCUGCCUCUUGCCCGCAGCUGACUUCUCGUCCCCUUCCCGCUGCUCUGAGGUUGUUCCAAGCAGGAUCAUUCCUGAAGACCAACAACUUCAAUCACAAUGGCUGUCACCGAUGCCACAAGCGACCCGCGCCCGGUCGACCAGGAGAAAGGUCCUCAGGGCGCCAACGAGAUUCACACCGAUACCCACGCCCACUCCAUUUCGGACUCGGACGAUGAUGCUGGCACUCGCAAGCAGAAGGGUGUCGAGGCUGUCCAGGCCGUCACCCACGUCUGGACACGCAAGAUGAUGUGGCUGACCUUUGUCCUUCUGUGGUUCCUGUGCUUCGCUGCCAACCUCCUGAGCUCCAUCGAGGGCGCACUAUCUCCCUACAUCACCUCGUACUUCGAAGAGCACGGACUUCUCGCUGCCAUCAGCGUCACAAGCCGGAUCGUCAGUGGUGUUUUCGCCCUGGCCGUCGGCAAAUACAUCAACCUUCGAGGCCGUAUGGAAGGCUUUAUCUUCGGCAUCAGCCUUAUUAUUAUGGGCAUGAUUAUGAAGGCGGCCUGCCAGAACAUCGAGACCUACGGUGCCGCCCAGGUCUUUUAUUGGGUCGGCCAUGUCAAUACUCUGUACAUUGUCGACGUCUUCGUUGCUGAUAUCACCACCCUGCGUAACCGUAUGCUCAUCUUCUCGCUCAAUUCGUUCUCAUCGCUCAUCACAACCUUUGCUGGCCCGCCGAUCGCCAGUGCCUUCUACAAUGAGCUCAACUUCCGCUGGGCAUUCAUCGUUUUCGUCAUCGUCCUUGUCGUCUUCGCUCUUCCCGUCAUCGCUAUCCUAUGGUUGAACGAGCGCAAGGCCAAGAAAGCUGGUAUCCUGCGCGCGAAAUCUGGCCGCACCGUGGCCGAGAGCGCCAAGUACUAUGCCAUUAAGUUUGACAUCCCUGGUAUGCUGCUUCUUUGCGGUGGCUGGUCCAUGAUGCUCCUCCCUUUCAGUCUCGUCGACACCAUUGCUGCUGGUGACUGGGCCAAUUCCACCAUUAUCGGCCUCAUCGUAGGCGGUGCCGCUACCUUGGCCGUAUUUGGCGUGUGGGAGAGAUUCGCGCCCGUCCAGUUCUUCCCCUUCAAGCUGAUGCAGGACCGCACCGUUGUCGGCGCUCUUUGCGUCUACCUCAUCAUCUUCCUCAGCACUUUCAUCUGGGACGCAUACUACAGCUCGUACCUUCAGGUUGUCCACGGCCUCGACAUCAUCACGGCCAACUACGUCCUCAACGCCUACUCGCUCACCUCGUACGUCAUGAGUCCGCUGAUUGCGCUCGUCGUGCGUUACACCGGCGAGGUCAAGUGGACCGGCAUGGCUGGCGUCCCCAUCUACAUCCUCGGCACUGGCCUCCUUGUCUACUUCCGUACUCCAGAUUCCUACGUCGGCUACCUCGCCAUGUGCCAGAUCCUCGUCGGCUUCUCAACCGGCGUCCUGGUGCUCACCUCGCAGCUCGCGCUCAUGUACUCGAUCAGCCAGGCCGAUGUCGCCAUCGGUCUUGCGCUGUAUUCCUUGUUCGGCUCCAUCGGCUCCUCCGCGGGCUUCGCCGUCGCCGGUGGCAUGUGGACCAACAUCCUCCCGUACAAGAUUGCCGAGUUCCUCCCCGAGUCCGCCAAGGACCAGGCCGCAACGAUCUAUGGCAGCAUCGAGGUUCAGCUGUCCGAGCCCAUCGGCAGCCCGAUUCGCGACGCAGUCAUUGCCGCGUACGGCGAUGUCAUGCACAAGAUGGUCAUCGCCGGCGUCUGCCUCAUUCCCCUACUUGUCGCGGCCGUCAUCAUCUGGCGCGGCAAGAACGUCAAGGAGGUCCAGGAGAAAGAGAGAGCUCAGCGCGGAAACAUCUUUUAAAGGUGCUUCUUCUGAUCCCAUGACGCUGUCCUUUGGGACAGUGCUUUUGUGAGAAAUCCUUGACUUGGGAGGGCGGUCGGGAAUGGUCGUGGCAUAUAUGUAGCUCACGAUGCCUCCUGCGUCUCCUGGUACUUGAAUCCACCCAGGUCAGGGUUGUUGUACGGGCCUGGCCAACGCGCACCCGACAAAGCGCAAACAUAAAAAGUAAUUAAUGAGUCUUCGCGUCUUUGUUGAGGACAAACAAUACAAUGAUACCCUCCU